ACAAACCAUACGUCCCGAGGUUAGGCCGAUUGAUAUAAACUGAGCUCAGGUCACCACUCGGGCGAGCCGUCAAACAAAGUUGGUUAGAUUGUGUAAAUGUGAUCUGCCGGAAAUGACAUUGUGCCCGUUCUUAUUGAUCCACGGCACAGGGUACCUCGACCUGGUCUCCAUUUCUUGCGUCAAUGUUUCUCUUUUUCCCUUCUAAGGCAAUGAUCGAGUGAAUGGCGGGCGGGCCGCGAGGGACGCUUCGGCGAUGGCUUCGCUUCCGAAGACCCUCUCCCCGAAGGAGCUGGUCAGGCUCCUCGAGGCGGAGCGCAGCCCCUCGGCAGUCCUCGCUCUCUUCGACGCGGCCACCGGCCUCCCGGGAUUCCGCCACACUCCCAACGUCUUCCGCCUUGUCCUCGAGAGGCUUGGCGCCGGUCGGAUGUUCGCCGACCUUCCUCGCGUCCUCACCGUCAUCCGCUCCCAGCGGUGCCGCUGCCACGAAUCCCUCGCCUGCAUCGUCAUUCGAAUCUACGGACGCAACUGCAUGCCCGAUGACGCGCUUGACGUUUUCCGUCGCUGCCGCGACCUCUUCGGCUGCCGCCCGGGCGUGCUUUGCUACAAUGCUCUUCUCAAUGCCUUCGUCCAGGCGAACCGGUGGGGUGAUGCAGAGUCGUUCUUCGAGUACUUCAGAACCCAAGAGAUUAAGCCCAAUUUGCAGACGUUUAAUGUCUUGAUCAAGGGUCUCUGCACGAGGAAGCGGUUUGAUAAGGCUAGGGCUUUGCUAGGGUUUUUGGCUGACCAGGGUCUUCAACCCGAUAAGUUCACCUACUGCACGAUAAUUAGCGCUCUCUGCAAGAACGGCAAGACCGCUGCUGGGGCCGAAUUGUUCGCGGAGAUGACGGAUAUGGGAUGCGACCCCGACGUUGUUUGCUACAAUGUGUUGAUCGAUGGGUUCUUCAAGGAGGGGGAUGCAGAGAGGGCUCUGGAGGUUUGGGAAAAGCUGGUGGAGGAGGGCUCGAACUGUAGUCCUAGUGUCGUCAGCUACAAUUCCAUGCUUAACGGAUUGUGCAAGCUCGGAAGGUUUCGUGAGGCUGUUGGGAUUUGGCAGAAGAUGGUUCAAAAUGGUUGCCAGCCGGACAAGUUUAGCUAUGCCACUCUUAUUCAUGGGCUCUGUGAGCAGGGGAGCAUAGAAGGCGCUUAUCGUAUUUAUGUAGCCAUGGUUGAAAGCGGCGUUGAAGCUGACUUGGUUACCCAUAACUCUUUGCUAGAUGGAUUCUGCAAAUUGGGAAGGCUCGAUGAUGCUCGAAAAAUCUGGAAUUUGAUGGAGGAUGGCAAGCAUGGGCGCAACGUUGUUAGCUACAAUACAUGGAUUGGAGGUCUGUGCAGAGCGAAGCUCGCGGAGGAAGCCAUAUCCGUGUGGACAGGGAUGAAGGUGAAUGCCUUCUGCGAUCCGGAUUCUACUACUUGUGGUACUCUGAUUCAUGGGUUAUGUGAAAUUGGGUGUGUAAACAGAGCGUUGGUGGUUUUGGAAGAGAUGGAGGAGGGUGGAGGCGCGUUGGACGUGGUUGCUUAUUCUUCCAUCAUUAGUGGUUUGUGUGCAGAAGGACGAGAAAAACUGGAGGAAGCAGUCUGUGUUUUCGACCGGAUGCUAAAACGUGGUUGUAAGCCAAGCACUCACACGUAUAAUUCGCUUAUCAAUGGCUUCUGUCGAGCAUUUAGAUUCGAAGAUGCAAUGCGGAUAUUUGCUGAAAUGGUUGUUCAUGGUUGUAUCCCCUCUGUUAUGACGUAUAAUACAUUGAUAAGUGGUUUCUGUAAGGCUCAAAUGUUCAAAGAGUCUUAUAAGCUACUUGAUGAAAUGCUUUCUAAAGGCUUGAAGCCUGAUGUGGUCACAUAUAGCGCGCUAAUGGAUGGCCUUUUUCGUGAUCAGAAGGUCGAUGAUGCUUUGAGAAUGUGGGAACGGGUUCGUAGCAAGAUUCGGCCUGAUGUCGUCAUGUACAAUGUUGUGAUUCGUGGUUUGUGCUCAGCUGGUGAAGCCGAACCAGCAUUCAUGCUUUACUCAGAGAUGAAGAGUAAGAAUUGCAAGCCCAAACUUGCAACUUUGAACGUACUUCUUGAUGGAUUUUGUCAACUAGGUGCAUUUGAAAGGGCCUCGGAUAUGUGGAAGGAGAUAUCUAGAGAGGGUUUCGAGCCAGAUAUCGUUUCAUACAACACGGUUAUCUAUGGACUUUGCAACUGGGGAAGAAUACCUGAAGCGGUGCUUAUGCUAGAAGAUGCUUUACAAAAGGGCAUAUCUCCAACUGCUAUCACGUGGCACAUAUUAACUAGAGCAGUAUUUAACGAUGAGCAGAGAGUGAGCAUGGUGCAUGACGAUGACUCUUAUAUGCUUAUGCCGAAUUCUGAUCAAAGAAAUAUUGUCAAGAUGAAGUCAGAUGCAAAAGCAAACUAUGCUUGUCGUAUCAAACCUCAGUCGGGUGGCGCGAUGCGUAUCGAUUCGUGCUCCGUCGACCGAUACGUCUCUCUUCUGCGAUCCUGUCUCUACACCCGGGACGUGAAGUCUGGGAAAUCCGUCCAUUCUCUGCUGGUGAAACUGAAUUUUCGCGUUGGCAUCUUCCUCUGCAAUAAUCUCAUCAAUUUUUACGGCAAAAAUGGUCUUGUUGAAGAUGCACGCAGAUUGUUCGACGAAAUGCCUGAACGGAAUAUCUCUUCGUGGAACACCGUCAUCUCCAUGCACGCCAAAUGCGGGCAGCUUGGAGUUGCACGAAAAUUGUUCGACGGGAUGCCCGAACGAGACUCGAUCUCAUGGACUGCCAUGAUUGUCGGCUUGAAUCUUUCCGGCCUACAUGAACAUGCCAUCGGGCUUUUGCUAGAGAUGAUACGGGAGGGUGUGGUCCCUACCCAGUUCACGUUCACCAACAUCCUUGCUUCUUGUGCUGCGCUUGGUGAUUUAGAUACUGGCAGGAAGGUGCACUCCUGUGUGGCCAAGUUUGGACUGAGUGCAUAUGUCUCUGUUGCUAAUUCGCUUCUCAACAUGUAUGCCAAGUGCGGUGACCAGGAAGUUGCGCAAGCUGUGUUCAACAGUAUGCGGGUGAGGAGCAUCUCGUCAUGGAAUUCUUUGAUUUCUUUGUAUGCGCAGUCUGGUCAGAUUGAACAAGCUAGAGAGCUGUUUGAAACAAUGUCUGAUCGAGACUGUGUCUCAUGGAACUCAGUAAUUGCGGGGUACAAUCAACAAGGAUUUGACUUGCAGGCACUGGAAUUAUUUGUUCAGAUGCAAAACCAUCAUGUUAGAGCUGAUAGUUUUACAUUAACCAGUACUAUUACCGCUUGUGCCAAUCUUGAAUUCUUGAAGACAGGCAUGCAGCUGCAUGCCUAUAUCAUAAAAUUUCUGUUCGAUUCUUAUGGUCCCCUUAGAAAUGCCUUAAUUGCAAUGUACUCAAAGUCAGGAAGGCUAGAAAUUGCUCGUAAAAUUGCUGAUCGGACACAUGAUCUUAAUGUAAUUGCAUUGACUGCACUUAUGCACGGCUACAUCAAAUUUGGUGAAUUGCAGCUUGCUCGAGAUGUGUUUGAUUCGGUUUGUGAUAAGGAUGUGGUAUUAUGGACAGCAAUGAUUGUCGGAUAUGCUCAACAUGGACUAGAUCAUGAUGCACUGACACUCUUCCGCAUUAUGUUUCUUGAGGGGAUUGAACCGAAUGACUACACUAUUGCUUGUUUGCUUAGUGUAUGUGCAAGCUCUGGAGUUUUGGAUUAUGGCAAACAGUUGCAUGCUCAUGUGCUUAGAAAUGAUAUUAGGCUAACAAAUUCUGUCUCAAAUGCACUUGUAACAAUGUAUGCACGAUGUGGAAGCUUGAUUGCUGCUGAAUAUGUUUUCAAGCAUGCAGGUGUGCAUGAUGCAGUGUCUUACACAAGCAUGAUCAUGGCCAAAGCACAACAUGGUCUAGGAAAUGAGGCUAUAGAGCUGUUUGAUGAGAUGAUGGAGCAAAGGAUAAAGCCUGAUCAUAUUACUUAUAUAGGUGUUCUGGCUGCCUGCAGUCAUGCAGGGUUGGUUGAUCUAGGUCGGCACCAUUUCCAGAUGAUGCAUAAAAAGCAUGCAAUAGAGCCACAGAUGAGUCACUAUGCAUGCAUGAUUGAUCUUUUUGGGCGUGCUGGCUUGCUAAAAGAGGCUGAUGAAUUUAUUAGAAGUAUGCCUGUCGAACCAGAUGUCGUGGUAUGGGGUGCCCUCCUCUCAGCAUGUAGAAUUCAUAACAAUGUGGUUUUGGCCAGAAGGGCAGCAGAGAAACUACUAGCGAUUGAGCCAGAGAAUAGUGGAGCAUAUGCAGUAAUCGCCAAUGUAUAUGCUUCAUAUGGUGAAUGGCAGGAGGCAGCUGAAAUUAGGAAGAUAAUGAAGGACAGAAAGGUAAAGAAAGAACCAGGAUGUAGCUGGAUUCAAAUCAAGAAGAAAGUGCAUGUUUUUGGUGUACAAGAUUCGUUUCAUCCACUGAGAGAGCAGAUCUAUGCAAUGGUCAGCAAGCUUUGCUGUCAAGUUAGGGAGUUAGGUUAUCAACCGGAUACUAGCUCAGUCUUGCAUGAUCUUGAGGAGGAGUUGAAAGAACAACUGUUGAGUCACCACAGCGAGAAGCUUGCUGUUGCUUUUGGGUUGAUCAGUACUGCUGAUGGAAGCACAUUAAGGAUCAUGAAAAAUCUUAGAGUUUGCAAUGAUUGUCAUGCUUGGUUCAAGUUUGUCUCAAGACUUGUUCAAAGGGAAAUUGUACUAAGGGAUGCUAAUAGGUUUCAUCAUUUCAAGAAUGGUUUGUGCUCCUGCAAAGACUAUUGGUAGGGUUUAUCUAAGGGCGUAACAGCCAAAGUGGAAACAUCAAUGGAAAGAGAAAUUGAUUUCAAGAUCAUUCUGAAAUUUUGCCUUGAGUUGCGCUGAAACUAUAAACUCAAGGAUUCACAUGUUAUAAAUUGGUUGUUGGCGAUGCAUCCUACAACUGCAAUUUCUGCAUCUUGUGAAACCAGAUUACAUAUAAUACGGUGGACAGAGUGGCAGACUCCAUGUUACUUGUUCAGGUUAGAUGAUUGUUGCAUCUUCUUUCUUCUUAUGGUUGAGAAGAGAGAGGAGACUGGAGUGAAACCAUGCAGACUAAGUGUGCUGAAUCUGGUGUAAGGAUUUGACUGGAAGGGUUCAAGAUUGUCCAGCUCCACGUUUUGCAUCUCUGAAAAAAGUCCAGCUCCAUAUGAUCUUUGCAUGCUUACUUUGAGGGUCAGUUAGAUCGCUAUAAGUAUAUGCCAUGGGCGACACCUUGUCAUAUUCACUCUCGACUUUUUUCAACUUGAAGAUUUUCAGCGAGUUCCUUGUCAUGGUCAAGGAGUUGACUGAAGUGGAGUUGCUUGUUAUUUUAACUGAGUGGUUUGGAAAUAAAAAAUUAGACUUGCAUUGAAUUGAAUUGCAGCUGCUGGUACAAAAGGGUAGCAUUGGAUUGACUUGCAGCAUAUGCUAACUAGCAGUUAGCAUAAAAGGGUACUGCUUCAUAUGUAGGUCUACUGUCAUUUAUUUCUAGGAAACAGCUGCGGUGGAAGUAGUCCCCCAACCUUUAUUGCCAAAAAAUAUUUAUACAAGAACAAAAUGGAGGCUAGAAAACCUUGAUACAGUAACAACUAUACAAAAAUUGAGGGCCGGCCCUCAAGACACUACCACUCCUUAAACAGCUCGGUACAAGGCGUGCUCAGCAGCAGAAGAAAAACAUCAGUGGCAGGUAGCUUGUUACUGAAAAUGAAAUGAAACCCUGAAUAUGAACUUAGCCAGGAGGAGGACUGAGGAGAGUCAGAUCGAGCCAUGCUCAUGAGUUCCUCAUGCAACUGUUGGUUGCUACACUGAAUUUUGCAGCUUACUGUUGGAAGACAAGAGGCUCUGUUCAUCAAGGCAGCGGUGCAUCAUCCAUCUAGUACGUCUGCUGGAGUUGGACAAAUAGGACACAGAAGCAUGACACCACAUUGACAGCCCAUACCAGUGCGAGCCAUAAGCUUCCGUGACAAGGGCACCAAGCCCAUAAAAGCCCUUCUUAUACGAGGCCGCAAACUGGAUGUUGGCCUGUACCGCUCCAUCCCAGUCAAGCUAGCCCACGGAACCCCUGUUUCUAGCCGAACUCUGAUCUCCUUCUGCUCACACUUCGUCUAGUUCUGGUGCAGCAUGUGUUCCUUACAGAGUACUGUCAUUUAUUUCACUUUUACUUUUCAGAUAAGGUUUGUAUUAUACUUUCUGACUUUCAAGUUUAAAAUCCUAAAGGCGAACAAUGCUGCUAUACA